CGAAGCCGGAGGUGAGUGGGGGUGUGCCGUGAACGCUGUUAGGGAGCCCGGCAGCCUCCGCCUCCUUCUUCUCCGUUUAUCGCCGCGCCGCCGGGGCAGGCUGCCCGGCCGGCUGAGAGCAUGUCAUUCCCUGUGGAUAUAUUGAACAAUUACAGUCAUGAGGACUUGGAGAACUCAGCAGAGGACUACCUCUUUGAUCUUCGGUGGGGGAAUCCAAACUCUCCUGAAUUCUUUUCUCUGCCAGACCACCGCAAGGUUCCUAUUACCUUGACAUCCGUGGGCUUUGUUCCUCUUUAUGGUGUAGAGCAAACACACAAAGUUCUUGCACUGUUUGCACCAUGGGACUCACUCACAGCUGUAGCCCUGUAUCUUGCUGACCAGUGGUGGUCAAUUGAUGACAUUGUGAGAACAUCUGUCCCUGCUAGACAGGGACUUCAUCAGGUGAAGUCUGUUGGAGAGAGAGUUGUUCUCUAUGUUCUAAAUCGAAUUAUCUAUCGAACACAAGAAAUUGAAAGAAAUGAGAUCCCAUUUCUCUGUCAUGGUAGCAGCCAUUAUGCUAAGAUCAUGUGGAAAAAAGGAGAGGCUAUUGGGUUCUAUUCUGUUAAACCUACAGGAAGUGUUUGUAGCUCUGUUGUUCAUCAGAAGUAUAUGUUGCCAGUGCUAGACACAAUGUUUGUUAGAAAGAAACAUCGUGGGAAAGAGGCUGGGUUAAUCAUGUUGGAAGACUUUGUGGAUUCCUUUACUGAAGAGUCUCUUGGCCUACGAUAUCCACUGUCAUCUUUCAUGUAUACAGCUUGUAAGCAGUACCUUGAGAAGUACCCUGGGGAUAAAAACCUUUUGUGGCAAGUGGAGGGAGGAGGUGAUUGGUUCCAGAGAAAGUCUAUUAUGUCUAUAGUGCAACAGGAAAAUCUCAAAAUUGCAGGAGAGACCUCAAAGAAGGAGAAUAAGAGUUUGGAAGCAGAGGACAGUUUUUGUCAGUCUGCAGUAUCUGAAUCAGGUGGACCAAGGACUGAGGCAGAAACACAACUAAGUGCUGACUCUCAAAAAGGUAAAGAAUCAACAGAUGCAAGCACAUCUGAAGAUCCUAAUGCAACUCCUGUUUCCAUCUGGACACGAAGCAGUCAUUUAAAACGUCAGAGGCUAAAUAAAAAUAGACAGGAACCUGGACUUGAAACUUCCCAACAAGAUGAGGAAAAUGCUCUUCAGAUGUCCAAAAGCAGGCCGGAACUUCUUGCCCACACAUCUGAAAGCUCUGAAGACUUAGUAGAAGUGCCUAAGGUGGAUACUGUUGAGAAGGAUGAGGAAAUAAUUGUUGAAAAUGAUGAUCAGUCCGUAUUAGAAGCAGAAAUGCACGUAUCACCCUCUGAGAAACAAAGUGAGAUGGAGGAAAUGCCAUCAGAACCUUUUAAUGGUGAGGUAGCAGAAGAAACUGCUAAGAUCUCACUCAUGGCUGAAGGGGAGAUGGUAAAUGAGGUUCCAAGUGUCGAAUCAAAAUUGCUGUCUGAGAAUCAAGGAAAAGAACCUGUAACACCGUUUGUUCCAUUAACCCUUGAUGCUCCAGCAAAACCCCCAGAAGACACUGAAUCAGAGAAGGUUUUAAAUGAAAAUGAUUCAGAAAUGCUGACUGAAGAAGUUACAUCAGUAGAGAAGGAGAGCACUGAAGAACACCAAGAAUCCGAAAAGGCCAGCACUGAAAAUGCAGCUGCUUUGGCAUCAAAGGAAGAGUCAUCUGACAAUGGCCUGCCCAAUUCUGUGGUAACUGAAGCAGCAGAAGAAUCUGUUUCUGAAAACCUACCUUCCUCAUUAGAAGAUCAAAAUGAGGAAGCAGGGCACCACUCGCAGGAGGCCCCAGCUGCCUUGAGUCAGAGCUCCUUGGUAAUGGUUGAACUUGAGGGUGUUUCUUUUCAGCAGCCUUCUGGACAGGAAGCACAGAAGAACCAGUUGGAAGAGCCCUCAGAAGAGUCUACAGAGCAGCCAGAUCACUACACGCAGACAGUGGCAGAGCGGGCUGCUGACAGCAGCUCUGAGGAAGCAGAAGUUGAGGUACCCGUUGUAGAUCGAAGAAACUUGCGAAGAAAGGCUAAAGGCUACAAAGGUCCACCCAAGAAAAAAGGAAAGCCAGCUUAAAAAUCAAAUAGUGAUAAUUUAUCUAUUUAUAACAAGGCUAUUUUGUGUAAAACAUUAAGGUGUAACUGCACCAUAUCUGGCAGAGGACACACAUGCUUAAAAUUCUGGGUUGGAUUUCCUCUUGGGUUCAUCCCCUUUCCUUAAGUUUUGAUUUGUUUAUUUUUUAAAUUUAACCACUAGAAAUUGAACUUCUAUGUAAUAUGAAAGUAAGUAGCCAGACUUCUCCCUUCAGAAAGGAUUCCUGAUGAAUAAAUACAGUUGUGCUAUCAAAGGGAAUAGUUUGUAUAUUUGAGGUGGUAGUCAUGGAAGAAAAAUGCAGUGUGAAAUCCUGUCAAGGUCCCUUAAAUUGCUAUAGACUUCCUUGUCACUGGACAUGACUCGAGAUAAUUUUUUUUAAUAACUUUGUGUUCUCUACUGUGAAGAAAAGCAGAACAAGAAAAAUUCCCUCAUUGUUUCUUGUUCCCUUCCCACAGGCUUAAGAGAACGUAAAAUUCUUCAUUUCUAGGUCUCAAAAUGUACAAGAAGGUGUAGCUCAGUAGAUCAAUGCAACAUGAGCAGCACUUGUCUUUCAUGAGAAUCACUUGAAACAGCUGAGGCGAUAGAAUGCAGUGCAGUGUCUGCCACAGCACUUCCUAGUGGAUUUCUUGAGCAAAGAUCAAGAGAUGCCUACACAGUAAACUAUUUGUAGUUUCCAAAGCAAGCAUUUUGGUAAGCUCAAGUUUUUCCAGAGUAUACAGAAUGGAGCCUCUAUAUGGAAUCAUUUGAACGGCCUUCCUAACUACUUGCAUGUGUGGAUAGCUGCUUCCUUGUUGCAUUACAGGAAAAGGAUAUGACAAAUCUUGAUCUUGUUUUGGUCUGAAUGGAAGCAGUUCUUUGUGUUUUCCAAAUACUUGGCUGGUCUUGUGCGGUAACUACUGAAAUGUUGUGUCUUCCAGGUGUGUGACUCCAGUGGGCACUGACAUUUCAGGUGGUUGUGAUAUUCUUUAGGGUAUUAGUGGAUAUUUCAGCAAAUGCUUGCUUGCCAAACUUCUAUGCCUUUAGGAGUUAGUGGGUGAUACUUUGCGAAUACUUCUGAUUCCCACUUUUGUUUUCUAACUUGAGUGUAAUUUCUGGGAUGAUAGCUUCCUAGUUGAUGACUUUUCUUAAAAGCAGCAACCAAAAUUCACUGUAUGCCAACAGGAAUAAACCCAGACUUGUCAUGCUCAUUUCCCUUCUGAGGUUCUCUUGGCAAACUGUGUAUUUAACUUGUCACACAUACCUACAUUGGCCUUAGUUUGCUGUGUGUUUCUUUCAAAUAAAUACAGAUCCUUUUGUAAUGGGCUAAAAACUCAGAAAUAAAAGAACAAUGAUUCUGAGAACAGAAGAUUACAUUACCUUUUGUCCUACAUAUUCCUUUUCCAGAUCUGUGAACUAGUCUUUUGCAGUGUCUCAAAAACAGAGGUACAAGGUUCACUUGAAUAGUUGCAAAUGCUGUCUUAACUUUUAUCCCUUUAUGAAGUUAAUGUAAGAAUCUGGUUUUGGAUUUUUAUGCUUAUAAAAUUUAAAUCUAUUUAUAAGCUAUUUUAACUAUUUAAGAUACGUUCAUACUUUUUUUUUUUCAGGUGAUGAAGUACUAUGUUCCUUUUCAAUUUGUUAAAAGCAACUUACAGGAAAAAAAAGGCAGUUUUAAAAAAAUGUGUGUUAUCUUAAAUUUAGAUUCAGGGUGUGUGAGAUUACUGAGUUAAAUAUGGGUUUCUUGAACUAUUGUAUGUAACUAGUAUCAUGUCAAUGUACAGUAUCAUAUCUGUAUCUUCACAUGCAGAUACUCAUUAUGAACCCCAUGAUUGAUAAAUAUUCAAGAUAUUUCCUGAUUGUUUGUAAACUUAUUCAAGUGAACCUUAAGCAUUUCUAAAACUCAUAAAGCUUUUUAUAUAAAGCAUAUAAGACAAAACUUUUGAUAUUUUCUAUAUGGUUUCUCUUUUACUGCUGAGAUAAUUGCUUUUAAAAAAGAAGUGUCUAGAAAACACAUCUAUUGCAUUGCUAAGAAUUGGGGAUUUUUGAGGACUGGUGGCCUAAAAUAGAGCUGGUUGUACACAGUAUACUGCAACUCAUCUUCCAUUUUUACAGCAAGCUUUACUGAAGAUUCAUCUUCUGAGUCCUUCAAUUGAUACAAAUGUAUUCACUUUGAAAAAGUUAAGGAUUCUUUUACUUAUGAGCCCCAGUAAUUUCAAUUACUUCUAGGUGGAUUUUUGAUAUGUAUGUUUAUCACUUAUAUUCCUGGUGAGGUUGGAAAACUGUUCAUGAGAAGUUAAUUUCUCUCACUCACUUUUUACUUUUAAUGGCUAAAUUGGAAUGAUUUCAUUUAGUACUUUUCUUUUGAGACAUUUGUGAGUAAAUACAUAAAUAUUAUGACACUAUGAUAUUAGGAUAGUUUUGGUUUCUAUUGAGAACAACAAAAUCUCUGAUCUCCUUUCAGUGAGUCAGUUUUAAAUACUGAACUUAAAUUCACACGUUAAAAGUGUAGCCUUGAAUAGUUAUCUUUAUAAAUCUGGGGUGCCUGGGAUAAUAGCUGAUGAGUAGACUUUUACAAACACAAUGUGUGCAGUUGUGAUGCAAUUAGUAAUUCCAAUAACCAGUACAGUCAUGAAAGAUGGACACUGUUCCAACAGUGAUCAUAGCAGUACUUUGCACCAAAGGACACAUUUUAUUUCUACAACAACUUCUUUGGCAUCAAUCUCUCCAGGAAAUGCAGAGUAGCAAAAUCAAAAUACUGACUUUAAAUAAUAGUUUUUAUUGCUGUACUGAUUGUCCCACAAGAAGAGUAGUUCAAUACCUUAUUAAUUGUGUUGCACUUAUGUAAGGGAAUGUGUUUGACAGCUAUAUUGACUGGAGUGCUUUACCUUGGGGACUAUUAACUGUCUUAUCAACAUCAAACUCUUAAACAAUUUUAAAGGUCCUAUUGCACCAGCAACGAAAGAUUAAAAGAUCAACUUUAUACAAGUUUGUACCAAAUGUUACUACAACAUGCUGUGGAACUAUGUGUGUACAGUGAAAAGCAGGCAGUAUUAUUUUUGAGCUUUAUUUAGUCUAGGAAUAGAGUUUAAAGAACAUUAAUUUGUGACUUCAGCCUUGCACUUAAAUGGUAAAUGGUUUUGUACUUGAAUCCAAUAUUUGUUCAAAUGUCUGUCUUGUACUGCUUCUCCCAUAUUCUCGCUUAGUCCAUUUUAAUUUAAUGCAGAAUUCUUGUUUGCUAUUCUCCUGUUUCACAGUCCUUUGCAUGAAAAUGUAUACAUCUUAUUUCAAAAGCGCUUUAACUGAUUUCAAAUUAUGUCUGACCUUGCUGCUUUUUUGUACCAUUUCUUUUGUAAAUGUCAAUAAUCAAAUUGACCAUUUACAAUGUCAUUGACACUAUUAGUAACAAAUUGGCCUAUGUUUCAGCUUCCUUGCUUCUAAGUGACUGUUCUAAAAUAUUACUAUGGGGAUACACUUUAAAUUUAUUUCCACAAAUGUGGUGUUAGAUGUUUUCUAAACUAGUGAUACCCUGUUUAUAAAUCUUAUGAAAGAUGUAUUGCUAUUGCAUAGUAUUGUACCUUAGUCUUGUUACUGUGUUAAUUUUUCCUUUCUUUAGUACUGUCUUAGCUGCUUUUGAAAUGUUUUGAAGUAGUAAUAAACUUUUAUUUUGUGAUUAUUUUUUGCUUGGUUUUUAAUAUUUGAGUCCUUUUUUGCUAUAUAGGAAGCAC